AAGCAGAGCGUGGCUUUGUUGCCGCAAACUUUCGCUCCGUCGGAACACUCGCCGCUGACCCUUCAAUUAAAUGUUUCCAGAUACACUCUAGAGCGUACUUCUCCGUUAUUAUAGCGUGGUUGCCCAACGAAUUAAGGACUUUUAUGGAUGAGCCGGACUAUGUCUGUUUCGUUACAAACUCGAUAUUUAGCGUAUCGCGAUCGGAGAUCGAGUUCUAUAUUUCGAUUCGCGAUUAUAUUUCUCUUCGUCGUGUCUAUUUUAUUCUCUUUCUAUUUCUCUUUCCAUUUCGAAAGAACGACGACAAUUCGUGGUAUUCGUCAAGUUUCUCGACGCGUAUUGGAACAUCGAGGUUACGAUGAAGAUCGUGGCACGAAGGAAGGCACGAAAAAAGAGGGAGAAAGAGGAACGGAUGGGAGUGAGGUGCUGAAAGAGCAUUCGAUGCACGUCACCGUUUUACAGGCGAAGAAUUUUAUCGGCGGCACUUCGUCGCUUUGCAUUUUUAUGCGAGGAGUGUUGCUGCCAGCUUUCAGACGGAGAUAGCGAAGAGGUUGAACGCCAUAAUCGCACAGAUUCUACCCUUCCUCUCUCAGGAACAUCAACAGCAAGUCGCCACUGCUGUUGACAGAGCCAAGCAAGUAACCAUGACCGAGCUGAAUGCUAUUAUCGGGCAACAGAGGCCCGAUUUACCGAGGCUCCUUCAACAGAUGCAUGCUCAACAAUUGCCACCGGGUGCCGCGAUGGGACCUCAUCCAGGAAUUCCUGGUCUACCAGGAUUGGGACCGGGGGCUGGUCUUCCGGUACCCACUUCGGCGUCCGCGGCCCUUUUGGGACUCGGUUUGCCUCCAGGUGCUGCAGCAACUCCUGGAGGUUCCGCGGCUCAUCCUCUUUCCAUGUUGACCAAGCCGGACCUUCAUCGAGGUCAACCGGACGAUCUCAAACCUAACGGAGGCCUUAAUCCAGCCGAGGAGAGGCAUUUUUUAACGUUUCAGAGAAGCUCGAUAUCGCCGGCGGAACGCGAAAAGUACAGCAGGCCCCGUAGCACGCCGGAUCCUCAGCAUCACGAGCACCUACACUUGAAAAAGAUGAAGAAGGAGCAAGACAAGGACAUAGGCCAUCAAAGCGAUGGCGAAAAGAGCGACCAGGACUUGGUGGUCGACGACGCGAGCGAAGGACCGACGAGUCCGGCCGCGAAUGGUACUACCUCGCCGAGAGAGAAUGGCCUGGACAAGCUAGGACCUUCCUCGGUGCCGUUGAGCGGACAGGUCAAAAAAGAAGUGCCACCUCCGUCGCCUAGAAGCGGUACCAGUAGCAACGCCAGUACCCCGUCCGCGAAGAAGAUGGAGGAACGAGAAAAAGCUACCACUCCCAUUUCGAAACCAGUUACGCCUACUUCGGCAGGUGGCAGUAGUUCGGGUUCGGGUGGCCUAAAACCAUCGAGUUCCAGCAAGCCUCUGGUCUCCGCUUCGGCGGUAGGCCCCUAUCCCCCUCAUUAUCCUCCGCCUCAUCAUCCGCCCGCAGGACCUCACGUGGACAUGCUCGGCUAUCCUCCUGCCGCUUUGAACGGAUAUCCCGCCAGACCGCCGCUUCAACAGCUCUACGAUCCUCACGGUAGUAUGAGAGCACCUCUCGGACCUCUCGGGGUACCCGGCGGAAAACCAGCCUACAGCUUUCACGUGUUGAGCGACGGACAGAUGCAACCGGUACCGUUUCCACCCGACGCUCUCGCAGCUCCAGGAAUACCCAGGCACGCGCGUCAAAUAAAUACGCUCACUCACGGCGAAGUGGUCUGUGCGGUGACGAUCUCCAAUCCGACGAAAUACGUUUACACCGGUGGCAAGGGCUGCGUCAAGGUUUGGGACAUCAGUCAAGGCGGGAGCGGUAGCGCGAAGCCGGUUUCCCAACUCGAUUGUCUGCAACGAGACAAUUACAUCAGAUCGGUCAAACUGUUACCGGACGGUAGGACGCUCAUCGUGGGUGGCGAAGCGAGCAACUUGAGCAUCUGGGAUCUGGCCAGUCCAACGCCGAGAAUCAAAGCGGAAUUAACUUCUUCCGCGCCUGCCUGUUACGCUUUGGCGAUCUCUCCGGACUCCAAGGUCUGCUUCAGUUGCUGCAGCGACGGAAACAUCGCCGUCUGGGAUCUUCAAAAUCAAACGUUGGUCAGACAAUUUCAAGGUCACACGGACGGUGCCUCUUGCAUCGACAUCUCUGCGAACGGCUCGAAACUCUGGACCGGUGGUCUCGACAACACAGUACGUUCCUGGGAUCUUCGAGAGGGUAGGCAGCUGCAGCAACACGAUUUCACGUCGCAGAUAUUUUCUCUCGGUUAUUGCCCGAACGACGAGUGGCUCGCGGUCGGAAUGGAAAAUUCGAACGUCGAGGUUCUUCACGCAACGAAACCCGACAAGUUCCAACUACAUUUGCACGAAUCUUGCGUUCUUUCGUUACGCUUUGCCUCCUGCGGCAAAUGGUUCGUUUCGACCGGCAAAGAUAAUUUGUUGAACGCUUGGCGCACGCCGUAUGGAGCAUCGAUAUUCCAGUCAAAGGAAUCGUCGUCGGUGCUCAGCUGCGACAUCUCCAACGACGACAAGUACAUAGUGACAGGAUCAGGGGACAAAAAAGCCACCGUCUACGAAGUGAUUUAUUGAGUCGUUCUUUCGAUAACGCUUCGACAUUCGAAGAACAUUAAACGCGUGAGAAUCUCAACGAACGUCGUUGCGCGUCAAGGCUUGAGACAGUGUAUGUUUCUUGAGUGACAACGAGUUUGUUCGUCGACUGGUGGAAGAGAUCACUUAUCGACGACGGUGCGGACGAAGUUAAAAAAAGAACAUUGUUGCCUCUUAAGUCUGAUACAAGACGGACGCUAGAACCCGAAUUAAAAAAGUAUCGACGUUUACGGUGAUGACAAAAGUGAAAACUGCGUCGCUCGUACGUUGGACGAACAACGUUACUUUAUGAGUAUACACGCAUACACACUCACACACACACACACACACAAACGUAUAUAUAUAUAUAUAUAUAUAUAUAUAUAUAUAUAUAUAUAUAUAGCUAGACAGAGAUACAGACGAGAAACGCUUAGUUAUUUAAGAUUGUAUAGGAAAAAUUGGUAAUAAGUAGGUACGAACGAGGAAGGAGACGUGAAGAUUCUUGUACGAAAUUCUCUCUAAACGAUAGGAGGUAAAAGUCCGACGGUGCGUGUAAUAUGUUGCUGAUGUAAUAUAGAAGACUCGAUGCUAUAAGUAUAUCUUUUACGUGUGAUUGCGAGAGAAGCGAUCGAUCGAUCGAUAUCGUGCACUUCGUCGUACGCGUCGUUCUCCAUUUUCGCGCUUGAUCCUCGUCGAUCGUAAAAUCGGCAAGGGUGCUCGUCGACGCGUUGAACGCCGAUAUCUGGUGCGUCACAACUCGUCGAAAGUAGUAGGAAUGUGUGUCGUGAUACAGAAUUAUACGUAAGAAACACAACCGACGCAAAAUAUAUCGAACACGCGUAUAGAAAGAGCGUUUAUGCCAAAACAAUGCGAAUGUAACAUUUAUGGAUGGAAUCAUUUGUCGAUCGCGCGCUGUGAUGUUGUUUAGAAAAAGCUCGAGAACGUAAGAAGCAUGACGACUGGUCCGUAUUUCCAUUACGAAGAGUAUGUAAUUUGAUUUAGAAAAUAUUUCGUUCGAGCACGCUCUUUCACGUUCGACGUUACGUCGAUCGUCGUAUCGUUUUUUCGAAAUCUAUCUCCAUUCUGUGUUAUGUUAACGAGCGCGUACUCGAAAUGCUUUAGGCAUCAUCACGUCCGACGAAUCGACGAGCUCGUACGCGGAAGCCCGUUAUUCUCGCAGUAAGCAUUGUCUCGAGCGUAUCUCUGAACUCUCGUUAGUCCUUUUACAACUGCCAGUCUCUUACUACGUGCGAAUGUGUUCAUAGGAUCGAUCGCGUGCGUGCAGCUUGAACGUGCGUUCGACGUGUGUACUAAGAGUAUAGUAUGUUAUUUUACAGAUCGCGUAUGUAUGUAUCGUAAGUUCGAGCGGUUUACUGCAAACGCGAGUCGACUCGCGUGCGAGACUCGUUCUUUUGUUUGUAUCGAUAAACGGGAAAAUAAUUUUGUCCUUGAGAUCGUCUUAGAGACGGAUACAUUUCACUGUGACGCAAACAUCGAUCGAAAAUAAAAUGCGUGUCCACGCCUUCCGUUAACGCGUACAUACAUACGUAUUUUAGACAAAUAUUUGACAAAUUAUUUUUAUGACCGUAAACUUAGAUUUAGGCCAUCGCGCAUCGGCAAAUUCGGUCGGCGUACGAGCUUGCGUCCGUAUCAUCGACGGGAUAUAGACUCGCGCGCGAAGCCAACGAUAGCGAUUUGCUCGUACCACUCUGUCGCUCUGUCUCUUCUACUUUUCUCUUCCCUCCCUACCCCCUCUCCCCUCUCCCCUUUCCAUCCAUCCCUCUCCGCGCUAAUUAAAAAGAUGUCGAAAGAGAAGCCUCCUAAAGUAGGGUACUAGUUGACGCCAUUAUUAAACGCUAUCCCCCUUCUCCCAAGCCGAACGGCGGAAGCAGCCAAUGCAUACGGAGAUUUAUAUUUUGUUACAGGAUGACACAAACGCAAAAAAAACCGCAGGACAGAUACGUACGCGUCACUGAACGCGCAUUACUCGAAACGCUGUGAUCGUCGCAAAAGUCGAACGAGAUCGAUUUUUUUAACGUUUCUGAAACGGAGAGGUCAAACGACACGAUUUGUGACGACGAUCACAGUCGCGACGACGAUAUAGACCAAUAGAAACAACGAUACCUCAAGAAGACUCAAUAGUUUAUUAUCUUUAACGGAUCAAUGUGUACAGAAUCGAUAUUCUUUUACGGUAAUAUUAAAAAAAAAAAAAGAGAGAACAUACAUACACAACGCGGACAAAAGUAAUCGCAAAUUCGAUGCCUGCGACGAUUACAAUUUUUCCUUUUAUUCCUAUCCCGCGUUCGUCGAAUCAUCGUACCUCCAAACUACUCGUGCUUCGCGCACCGACUGCGCGCUAAUCGAAAGAACGGUCAUUUAUAACCGGAGAAAAGACAGCCGACAAUUAAUGUUUUCUUUCGUCACUUUUUCAUAUCGUUCCUAUGACUAUGCGAGAUUUGUUUUUUCGGCAAUUAAAUCAUCUAUAUCUAUAUAUA